UCGCAGAUUUCAACAGUAUCGAUUAGACCUGCUGAUGAGACCAGUUGUACUAAGAUCGUUUAAACCAUAAUUUUUGUUUCGAAAUGUCGAUACUCUUAGCUGGAAAACUGGCACUUGUUACCGGUGCUGGAAGCGGGAUCGGAAGAGAAGUAUGUCGAGUUUUAGCUCGCGAAGGUGCAAACGUUGUCGCUGCCGAUCAGAAUAUUAAAACUGCUCAGGAAACUGUUGCCUCUUUAACAGGUACAGAACAUAUUGCAUUGCAUAUAAAUGUUGAGGAUCGAAGCAGUGUCGAAACUGCAUUUAAAGAUGUCACGAAGCAAUUUUCAAAGCCUCCUACUAUCAUUGUUAAUUCGGCAGGCAUCAUGCGGAAUAACCUUUUGAUGAAACACGACGACAGUAAUUUUGAUGAUAUCAUUAAUGUCAAUUUAAAAGGUACCUUUUUAGUGAUGCAAAUUGCUGUUAAAGCGAUGAUAGAAGGAAAUGCAACCAAAAAUUCUUCAAUUAUCAAUAUAAGUUCGAUUGCUGCUAGAGGUAGACACAUUGGAGUAAGUACUUAUAGCGCAUCAAAAGCUGGAGUGAUAGCUAUGACAAAGACCGCUUCGUUGGAGUUUGGACAGUUUGGAAUUCGGGUAAAUGCUGUAUUGCCUGGUUUUAUAGACACUCCUAUGACUGCAGAUAUAUCUGAUGAAGAAAGGGAAAUGUUUAAAAAAAAUGUAUCAUUACAAAGAACGGGAAAGCCAGAAGAAGUAGCAGAGGUUAUUGUAUUUUUAGCUUCUGACAGGAGUUCUUACAUAAAUGGAGCCUCUAUUGAAGUUACUGGAGGAUUGAAUUAAGUUUUACUAUUCAUAUAUACAUAUACAUUAAGCGUAUCAUAUAAAUAGACUAUUAGUCAAGAAUUAUACAUAUAUAUGUAAAAAGCUUGGUUUCCUAUUGUAAUUGUUUAAUUCGCGACAA